UGUCACAUGCUCAUGCCCCUGGGUGGGCUGCUGUGGUGCUGCUGCUGCUGUGGCCGCUACUGCUGUGGAUUGUGCACCCCAGCUCCCCAGAUGUUGCGCCACCAGGGUCUCCUCAAGUGCCGCUGCCGAAUGCUCUUCAAUGACCUGAAGGUUUUCUUACUGAGGCGCCCCCCUCCAGCGCCCCUGCCCAUGCACGGUGACCCCCAGCUCCCUGGUGUGGCGGCCAACAACAACACCCUGCCGGCUCUGGGUGCCGGGGGGUGGGCAGGCUGGAGGGGCCCUCGAGAAGCCGUGGGAAGGGAGACCCCUCCUCUGCCACCUCCACCACCUUUGCCUCCUUCCGUGGAAGAGGACUGGGAUGGCCCAGCCACAGGGCCACCUGCCUCCCUGCUCAGCAGUGCUUCCUCCGAUGAAUUCUGUAAGGAGAAAGCUGAGGACAGCUACUCUCUAGGAAGUAGCCUGGACAGUGGCAUGAGGACUCCCCUCUGCCGCAUCUGUUUCCAGGGACCAGAACAGGGAGAGCUGCUAAGCCCUUGCCGCUGUGAUGGUUCAGUCAAAUGUACUCACCAGCCGUGUCUCAUCAAGUGGAUCAGCGAAAGGGGCUGCUGGAGCUGUGAGCUGUGUUACUACAAGUACCAUGUCAUCGCCAUAAGCACAAAGAAUCCUCUACAGUGGCAGGCCAUAUCCCUGACAGUCAUCGAGAAGGUUCAGAUUGCAGCCGCCAUCUUGGGUUCUCUCUUCCUCAUUGCCAGUAUCUCUUGGCUCAUCUGGUCGACCUUCAGUCCCUCAGCAAAAUGGCAACGCCAAGACCUCCUCUUCCAGAUCUGCUACGGGAUGUAUGGUUUCAUGGACAUGGUGUGCAUAGGUCUCAUCAUCCACGAAGGACCCUCGGUAUAUCGCAUCUUUAAGCGCUGGCAGGCUGUCAACCAGCAGUGGAAAGUGCUGAACUAUGACAAGACAAAGGACUUAGAGGAUCAAAAAUCAGGAGGCAGGACAAACCUACGGACUUCCUCAUCAACCCAAGCCAAUAUCCCCUCCACGGAAGAGGAGGUAGCCAGCCCCCCAGCCCGUGAGGACGGCUCCACCAGGGCCUCCAGCCAUCCCUCAGACCCUGUGUCCCAACACCACUGUGCUUACACCAUUCUGCACAUCCUGAGUCACUUGAGACCUCAUGAACCGCGGAGCCCGCAGGGCAGCAGCCGAGAACUCGUCAUGAGAGUCACCACGGUGUGAACCGAGGCUGGGAGGAAGGCUGAGACUGCACACACCACACCGCAGGAAAGAGGCUGGGCCAGGAGGGGCCCAGGGAGCAGGGAUGGG